AUGAUGAUAGCUUCAUUGAGGGGCAUAGCGCGUAGCGCGUGGCGCGCACGCGCGUUCCACGGGGCCGCGGUGCGACGAACGGCCACGGAGCCGCCGGUGGGCGCGGCCUCAGAGGACAUCCCGAGCUUCUUUAACAAGCUGCCGGAGAAGCUGAUCCUGGAGAGCAACGGGAUGAAGCCUACGACGGCAGAGAACCAGCUGGACACGCUGCGAUACUACAAGCGGCUGCGGGCGGAGGGCUUUUCGUCGCAGCAGACCAACUACAUCAUCCAGCUGUUGCUGAGCGUGCUGAACGAGCAGUUCUUCGACCACUACAACUCGCGGUUCCUGCGGAACAUGGAGCUGGAGAACCAGAGCCACCUGUUCCACGCCGCAGAGUCGGAGCUGCGGUACUCGAUCCAGAACUCGCGGGAGUCCGCGAUCAACGAGCAGAGCCUGCAGCUGAUGAAGCUGAACCGCGAGCUGCAUGUGUGCCGCGACGAGCUCAACGAGCUGCUGAUCAACCUGCUGCAGAAGGACUCGCGCGUGGACUUCAGCGACCACAAGUCGGAGAACACGCUGCUGCAGCGCGACAUCAACAUCCGACUGCGCGACUGCAACAACCGCAUCGGCACCAAGAUCAUCGGGCAGAUCAAGUUCGACAUCGAGAAUCUGCGCUGGCAAACCACGCGCAGCGGGCUGUUUGCGGUGCUGAUCCUGGUGUUCUUCAUCAUGAGCGGCGCGUCGAUCUCGCGGCGCAUCGCGGCCGAGCACGACAAGCCCGUGGAGGUGGUCUUGCACACGGUCGAGCCCGAGGAGCGCGAGCUCGAUGACCUCCCGCUGGCCGACGAGCAGCUGCUCAAGGGCGCCGAUCUCGACGACCUGUAG